UCACAAAGCCUCAUUAGACUGUUCUAUAUGUGAGACCAACAGACUGCUGAGAAGAAGACUUCAUUGGACAGAUCAACUGAGGACCCAGUCUACAUCAGCUGCAGAAUAGUAUUUGAAAUAUAGCUAACGACACUGUUUAAAGGGUAAGUUGUGCAAAUAGUAAAAACGUGGCAUUACAAAGACGUUUUUGACGACGAUGAUCAUAAAAGGUUCACACUCUCCUCCUGAAGAGUUCCCAGUGACCUUCCAAUUACGCAAGUUGAGAGUUAAAAGCGUGCUCACACUUCAGGCAACGUGUUCUUAAACAAAAGAGAAAUCUUUUCUCCAGUAUCAAAAGUGUCAAUAGUGAUAAAAAGUGUCAGGGAACAUGUACGCACGUUUAGAGGGGUGACAUUGGAAACGCAGGCCGUGUUUCUACUUUACGCUGGUUCUCUGGUAAAGGGCACACAGGGGUGGUAUAUAAACCUGCCUCAGAUGAUAAGCCCACUCCUGUGUGCUCUGGGCUCCUGGAGGGGUAAGGAUUAGGUCUCUGUGAGGAUACCACAACGAUUUCAAAAUUUCAGGCGAAAGGAGCCAAGGGGUUUGGACUUCCAUCGACUUGAACAGUGAGGCCGGCUCCAGGACUGGAAUCAUGACGAAAUCGGACUCCUACGAGAUGUUUGUGGAGAUGGACAACGUGGAUGGGGACGUGAAGAUCAAGAAGAAGAAGAAGAUGAAGAAGAAGGAGAAAUUGGAGAGCAUGAAGAAGGAGAUGGACAUUGAUGACCACGAGAUAACACUCGAAGAACUGGAGAUGAGAUACUCAACCAGUAUUACUAAAGGUCUCAGCUCAACCUUCGCUCAGGAGGUUCUGGAGCGCGAUGGCCCCAACGAGCUCAAACCACCCAAGGGCACACCUGAGUACGUGAAGUUCGCCCGGCAGCUGGCUGGAGGGCUGCAGUGUCUGAUGUGGGUGGCGGCCGUCAUCUGCUUCAUUGCUUUUGGCAUCGAAAUCUCAAAGGGAGAAAUCUCUGGCUAUGAUGAUCUCUAUUUGGCCAUUACCCUGAUUGCUGUGGUCGUAGUGACCGGUUGUUUUGGAUACUACCAGGAAUUCAAGAGCACCAACAUUAUAGCCAGUUUCAAAAAUCUGGUUCCACAGCAAGCCUUGGUGAUCAGGGACGGCCAGAAGAACCAAAUCAACGCCAACUUGCUGGUGGUGGGGGAUCUGGUAGAGAUUAAAGGAGGUGACCGAGUUCCAGCCGACAUCCGUGUCAUCACUUCACAAGGCUGCAAGGUGGAUAAUUCCUCCCUAACCGGCGAGUCAGAACCUCAGACCAGGAGCCCAGAGUGCACCCAUGAGAGUCCGCUGGAGACCCGUAACAUCGCCUUCUUCUCCACCACCUGCUUAGAGGGUGUAGCCACAGGGGUCAUUAUCAACACGGGUGACCGCACCAUCAUCGGCCGCAUUGCCAGUCUGGCCUCUGGAGUGGGCAAUGAGAAGACCCCCAUCGCCAUCGAAAUCGAGCACUUUGUGGACAUCAUCGCUGGCCUGGCCAUUUUCUUCGGCUUCACCUUCUUUGUGGUGGCCAUGUUCAUCGGUUACGCCUUCCUGGAAGCCAUGAUCUUCUUCAUGGCUAUCGUGGUGGCUUACGUGCCUGAGGGACUUUUGGCUACUGUCACUGUGUGUCUCUCCCUUACGGCCAAACGUCUGGCCAGGAAGAACUGUGUGGUGAAGAAUCUGGAGGCUGUGGAGACUCUGGGCUCCACCUCAGUCAUCUGCUCAGAUAAAACUGGAACCCUGACGCAGAACCGUAUGACUGUCGCUCACUUGUGGUUUGACAACAUGAUCCACGCUGCAGAUACAACAGAAGACCAGUCAGGCCAGAGUUUCGACCAGUCUUCGGAGACAUGGAGGGCACUUGGACGUGUUGCUAGUCUGUGCAAUCGGGCCGUUUUCAAACCCAAUCAGGAAACAGUCCCCAUCCCCAAGAGGAUAGUGGUUGGAGAUGCUUCUGAAACAGCCCUGCUGAAGUUCACAGAGCUAACCAUUGGAAACAUUAUAGACUACAGAGGACGAUUUAAAAAGAUCUGUGAAGUGCCUUUCAACUCCACCAACAAAUUCCAGCUGUCGAUACACGAGCUGGAGGAUCCCCUGGACCUGCGCUACCUGCUGGUGAUGAAGGGAGCUCCAGAGAGGAUCCUGGAGCGCUGCUCCACCAUCCUGAUCAAGGGCCAGGAGCUGCCCCUGGAUGAGCAGUGGAAGGAGGCCUUCCAGACUGCAUACAUGGACCUGGGAGGACUGGGAGAGAGAGUGCUGGGUUUCUGCCACAUAUACCUCAAUGAGAAGGAAUUCCCCCGUGGUUACACCUUCGACACAGAUGAAAUGAACUUCACCACGUCUGGCCUGUGCUUCGCUGGACUCAUCUCCAUGAUUGACCCUCCUCGUGCCACAGUGCCUGAUGCUGUCAUGAAGUGUCGUACAGCUGGUAUUCGUGUUGUUAUGGUUACUGGAGACCACCCCAUCACAGCCAGGGCCAUUGCUGCAAACGUCGGCAUCAUAUCAGAGGGCAGUGAGACUGUGGAGGACAUUGCCACCAGGCUGAGAAUCCCUGUGGAGCAGGUUAAGAAGAGCGAUGCUCGCGCAUGUGUCAUAAAUGGAGGUCAGCUGAAGGACAUGACCAGUGACGAGUUGGACGACGCUUUGCGGAAUCACCCGGAAAUGGUGUUUGCCCGCACCUCUCCCCAGCAGAAGCUCAUCAUAGUCGAGAGCUGCCAGCGUCUGGGCUCGAUUGUGGCAGUGACUGGAGAUGGUGUGAAUGAUUCUCCUGCUCUGAAAAAGGCAGAUAUUGGUAUUGCCAUGGGCAUCGCUGGCUCUGAUGCUGCUAAAAAUGCUGCAGACAUGAUCCUGCUGGACGAUAACUUCGCCUCCAUCGUAACAGGAGUAGAACAGGGCCGUCUCAUUUUUGACAAUCUAAAGAAGUCCAUUGCCUACACUCUGACCAAGAACAUCCCAGAGCUGACCCCCUACCUGAUCUACAUCACAGUGAGCGUACCGCUGCCACUGGGCUGCAUCACCAUCCUCUUCAUCGAGCUCGCCACUGAUAUUUUCCCCUCCGUGUCUUUGGCUUAUGAGAAAGCUGAGAGCGACAUCAUGCAUCUGAAGCCCAGGAACCCACGCAGGGACAGGCUGGUGAAUGAAGCCCUUGCUGUCUAUUCUUACUUCCAGAUAGGAGCCAUCCAGUCGUUUGCAGGCUUCACAGAUUAUUUCACAGCGAUGGCUCAGGAGGGAUGGUUCCCUCUGCUGUGUGUGGGCCUCCGCUCCCAGUGGGAGGAUGUACGACUGCAGGACCUGCAGGACAGCUAUGGACAGGAAUGGACAUACAGUCAGCGGCUGUACCAGGAGUACACAUGCUACACUGUGUUCUUCGUCAGUAUUGAGGUCUGUCAGAUUGCUGACGUCUUGAUCAGGAAAACCCGCCGUCUGUCCGCCUUCCAGCAGGGCUUCUUCAGAAACAAAGUGCUUGUGUCGGCCAUAGUGUUCCAGCUCUGUCUGGGUAACCUGCUGUGCUACUGCCCAGGAAUGCCCAACAUCUUUAAUUUCAUGCCUAUAAGGGUACAAUGGUGGUUUGUGCCGUUGCCUUACGGUAUCUUGAUCUUUGUCUAUGAUGAGAUAAGGAAACUAGCUGUGAGGAGACAUCCAGGCAGUUGGUGGGACCAGGAGUUGUAUUACUGAGCAAGCAUGGUCACGUCACACUGGAGAAGAAUGUGUGUUUUUUUUUGGUGUUGAUUUUACUGCCUACCUUCUAUAAAUGACUGUUAAAAAAUAUUGUUUUUAUUUAAUGUGUUCUUACUUUAUUUCACUGUCCUAAUGUCGCUAUUAUUUCUAAUUUUAUAAUUACUUAAAAUCAACUGCCUUUUUCCUGAAUGUAACAGUACUGACAUAAAAUAAAUUAUAGGAAAGUAUAAAAGUAUAUUACUAUAUUACUAUUACUAUGUAAUCAUAUAUUGCGUGCUUUAAGUGAUGUUAUCUGUGAAAUAUUUAAUAAACUCACAUUUCUCAUAUCAGUGUAAAUGAUUCAGCACUGCACACUGUAGAGUAUGUCAUAUGCCAUAUAAGUCAUAUACGUACAUCAUUGCCAUUUUAUGUGCAUUUUAGUAUAUUUAUACAGGUCACUGUCAUAGGACAGACCUCUCACAUGUUAGCAAACAUUAAACCCACUGAUAGGUGAAGUAAUUAACAUUUAAUAAUCUGAUCAGCUUUAACAAUAGCCAAACUAUGAAGUAAUAUGACCAGCUUGGUCAUUCUGAUAAACCAGCUAGUUCUUUAACUUAAAUCAAUAAAGAAACUAUGCUGAACAAGAGCUUAAAUGGGUUCUCUACCUAUAGCGUAUUUUUUUAUUUGAAUGUGAUGACUUAUUUGUGAUGAAAUAUUUGAAUCAGAAUUUUUUAUGCUUGAAUUAAAUUGAUCUCACUUUUGA